CUGAGUUGUCAACAAAGAUUUGGCCGGUACACGUGAAAAUGAAGACUGUUAUCAUGGUGUUUAAAUGUUGUUAAAUAUACGAUAUCUCCUGCCAAGAGCACCGAGAAUCAAAAAAAUACAAUACUUAAGUUGAGUCUUCCUCAAAAAAAUAUUUCAUAGAGAGAACCAUCAGCUGCUGCUUUGUGUCAUUGUGAUUGCACUACCUCAGAAAUGACAGUUAAUCGCUUGACAGUCUUCAGCUUAUUUAUAAUAAGUUUAAUCAAAUAUGUGGCUCUAGACAAAUGUUCAGUAUGCAGGGGAAUUAUAGAUAAUUUUGAUGAGGGUCUUAAGAAAACUGCUAAGGCCAACUUUGGUGGUGGUAAUACAAGAUGGGAAGAGAAAAGUCUAGGAAGUUAUGCUACAAGUGAGACAAGACUUGUGGAAAUUGUUGAAAAUUUGUGUUCUAAAGAUAUUAAAGAGUGUCAUACCAUGGUAGAAGAAUAUGAAGACUUAUUAGAAAAAUUUUGGUUUAACCAAUUUCAAAAGAAAAGAGAUGCAGAUUUUUUCCAGUGGUUAUGCAUAGAAAAUAUAAAAGUUUGUUGUCCAAAGAAUACCUAUGGACCAUCAUGUUCACAGUGUAAAGGAGAUAAAGAUAGACCUUGUACGAGCAAUGGCAAAUGUGAUGGAGAAGGCACAAGAGAAGGAACUGGGAAAUGUAACUGUGAUAGUGGUUACCAAGGUGAUCUGUGUGAUGAAUGUAAAGAUGCAUACUUUGAAGAAAGUAAAAACGAUACACACAUAAAAUGUACAGCUUGUCAUGUGUCAUGCAAGUCCACAUGUUGGGAGGCUGGUCCUAAAGGAUGUGAUGAGUGUGGAAAAGGAUGGGACCAGAAUGAAGAAGAGGGUUGCAAAGAUAUAAAUGAAUGUGAAACAGAUGCUUCAUGUGAACAUGGACAGUAUUGUUCAAAUACACAAGGCUCAUACCAUUGUGCAACUUGCCAUAAAGCCUGCGAUGGAUGUACAUUGUAUGGUAUAGAUAAAUGUGAUAAAUGUGCAGAAGGUUAUACCAUGGAAGAUAACUCCUGUAAAGAUGUAGAUGAAUGUCAAUUAGAAGAUGUAUGUGAAGAUGAAAAUAAAGUGUGUACAAAUAAAGAUGGCAGCUAUGAUUGUAAAUGUAAAGAUGGAUUUAUAGAAGAAAAUAAUACAUGUAUACCAAAACCAAAAGAUAUUCCCAAAAAGAAGGAAUCUAAACCAUAUAAAAAGAAACCUUCGAGCAAAGAUAAAAAAUCUUCAAAGAAAAGGAACAAAUACUCCCAGCCAAGUUUACUUGUUCAUUUUGCAAUUCUUGGACUUUAUGCAUUGUGUGGAUUACUAGUCAGAGGAAAUGUUGUCAUUAUUAGUAUUCUAACAGUUUUUCUUGGCAUUUAUGUAUACUGGUUUGCAAUAUGAAGGUCUUGCUGUAGGAAUAAAACUGUUGUGAUUUUUUUACUAUAAUUAAAACCAUUGAUAUUUUGCAACUUUGUAACUCAACAGUACUCUUUUCUUAAGUAACCAUCAUAGGGACACUUUGAAUUGAACCUGAAUCUAUUUUGGAUUAUAAUUGUAAAUGUUUUGAAGGUAUAUGGAGAAAUAGCAUCUUAAAUAUGUCCAUUAUCAUUUAAAUGAACUUUUGGUUUGACUAAGUAGACAUUUUACUAAUAUUGAAACUAAUAGAAGGUUAAUGUAGGAAUGGAAAUUAAACUCUCCUCCAGUACAUAAACUUACAGAUAAAACCACAAAGUACCUUUUAUUUUAUGUUUGUGCAUCUUCAAAAUGGUAAAUACUCUUCAGAGGUUUUAACAGCAUUCAUUUUUAGGAGAAAUAGUAGUGAGAGAAAAUAUGAGUGAAUGAUAUAAAGGAUAACAAUUAAAAUUAAAGUAUAUAUAAAAUUGAGAAUGGAAAUGGGGAAUGUGUCAAAAAGACAACAACCCGACCAAAGGGCAGAAAACAGCCCAAGGCCACCAAAGGGUCUUCAACACAGCGAGAAAUGCAUGCACCCAAUGGGGGACUUCAGCUGGCCCUAAACAAAAAUUUAUACUAGUUCAGCAAAAAUGGACGUCACACUAAACUCCGAAACAUAUAAAUGAACCAAAAUUAAUAAAAAAAAAUUUGUAUGUGUAUCUGGUGUUCAGUUUAUUUGGCAAUCGCCAAUGGCAGUCAGCAGGGUUUAAGAACAUCAGUUGUUUGACCUGCUAGUCAAAUGCAUUUUGUUAAAAUAUACUUUUUCACUAUUUUGGUCUUUUGGAAAAUGUUGUUUGUGCUGUAUUUAGACCCCUCUACCAAGAAAUUUUUUUGCCUGCACACGUAUAAAAAUUGCGGUUUUUAUCCAACGCAAUCAUAGGUUUGAACAUUGUUUUCAAUUUAGACUUGUUAACAUACAUAUUUGUAUAUUUAAACAUUAAAACAAGAAUGAAAUUUCAAGAUGGAGGUUAUUCGAUGUAAAAAAAUAAUCCAGAUGUGAGUUAAAUGAAACCCAGGAGUUCUAAGAACUAACUGUUUCUUGCUAUGACUUAUAUGUGAGGCAUAACUGAUUUUGAAUAUUCAAGUGAUUUCAGGUUAUAUGAAGAUGUGGUAUGAUUGCCAAUGAGACAACUCUUCACCAGAGAUCAAAUGAUGUUGCAGUUAACAACUAUAAGUCACAGUAUGGCCUUUAACAAUGAGCAAAACCCAUACAGCAUUGCAAGCUAUAAAAGGCCACAAAUUGACCAAUGUAAAACAAUUCAAAUGAGAAAACCAACUGACAGAUUUAUGUAGUUUGUUUUAAGUCUUGCAAUCUGACAAAAUAUGUAAUAUGAUUUUAAGUUCACAUCUAUCACCAGUAUAAUGUAAAAGACAGAAAUGUUCAUUUAUCAAAGUUUUCAUUGUGUAUUUUAAUGUUUUGUACAUUUGAACUUGUCCUGAAUGUGCAAUAGUAAAUUAUGUGGUGUGUAUUUGUAAAAAUGUUAGCAUUAAUUGCAAGUUUUAUAUGAAUUUGUUAAGCUUAAACUGCAUGAAAAAUUAAAAGCAACAAGAGUGCAAAGCAAUAAAAUAUCAGACAAUGGAGGUUUCAUAGUACAAAUGAUAACAAGUGAAAUCUUUUCAUAACAUCACUUUGUAUUUUUACUGACCAGUUCAAAUUGCAAGUGUUUUUAAAAAGAGUCCAAAAAUCAUAGUGAAAAUGUAAGUGUUUAUAUUCUCAUCCAGCAGGUAACUUUAGUCAGUAUGAAAAAUAGAAACUCAAGCUAUUGAUGAAAGGAUGAGAAGGAAAUCUCUUCCACCAUAGGCUAUAUAGGUGACUGACUCUUAUUAAAGAUUGAUAAAAGUUUCUACUGUUUAUUUUGAUGGUGUUUGUUCUAAUUUUAUUUUGAAGGAACAUGUCAUGUAUGUUUUGCAUUUAAUAUUAACAACCUUUUGGGAUUAACCCAUACUGCUUGAGAUGUUAUUGGCAAUAGGGUAUGAUUUUGUGUUCACAGCCAUUAUUUUUCUGUUUACAUGAUGAUUUAAGUUUAAUAGGACUUCCAUAGAAUUAUCUAUUUAUUGUUGAUUUUGCUCAAAUAAACUUUUUACAAUUCUUAAA